GUACGUCCCUUCUUUCCACCGAUUCCGAUGUGUUUUAGGGUUCUUAGCAAUUGUGUGUGUGAAUAUAUAUAUGUGUAUAUAUAUCUGUUUGUUUUAAUCUCUCUUCUAUGUGGACUCACGAUGCCAAUCUUCUUGUGAUUGUGAUUUGAAUGGUUUGAUUAGGUUGAAGCAGUGAUCAGGAAUGGCUCCUGCUAAAGUUGACAAUUCAAAAAAGGGUGAUCCAAAGGCCCAGGCCUUAAAAGCUGCCAAGGCUGUGAAAUCGGGUUCAUCAACCUUCAAGAAGAAGGCUAAGAAGAUCCGGACGAAGGUUACCUUUCACCGGCCUAAGACCUUGAAGAAGGAUAGGAACCCCAAGUAUCCACGCAUCAGUGCGCCUCCAAGAAAUAAAUUGGACCAUUACCAAAUUCUCAAAUAUCCACUGACUACUGAGUCUGCAAUGAAGAAGAUUGAGGAUAACAACACCUUGGUCUUUAUUGUUGACAUUCGUGCUGACAAGAAAAAGAUCAAAGACGCAGUGAAGAAGAUGUAUGACAUUCAGACCAAGAAAGUGAACACUUUGAUCAGGCCUGAUGGAACCAAGAAGGCGUAUGUUCGGUUGACACCAGACUAUGAUGCCUUGGAUGUGGCAAACAAGAUUGGGAUUAUCUAAGAUGGAUUCAUUAUUUUAUGGUCAUCACUAAAGUCAUUUAGACGGUACUGUUGACAGUUUUGUUAGUUUUGUUGGUGUUAGAUACUUUUUCUGUUUUAAAAUUAUAAUUUUGUAUGCAAGGUUAGAAUUUGAUUGUGGAUUCAACUUUGUCAAUGCGAAAACUCUCAAUGUGCUUGCCAUUUCAUGGUUUGUGUUACGAAUUGGAAUUAUCUCCUUUAGUUUGUUUCAACAUGUCAGUUCUUUUGUCGUUUCCACUGUAAAUUAUUCUGAUAAGAACCAUAAACCUUACUCAUUGUAAUGCUCCCUUCAUCAUUUGGGUUUAGAUUGAAUUGAAUGUUAAAUACUUGUAACCCAACUUGGUCGCUAG